UUUAUUUAAUUUUUUUUUUUGAGGCGGAGUCUCACUCUAUUGCCCAGGCUGGAGGGCAGUGAUGCAAUCUCGGCUCACUGCAACCUCUGCCUCCUGGGUUCAAUAGGUUCUUCUCCCUCAACCUCCCAAGUAGCUGUGAUUACAGGUGCUUGCCACCACGCCGGGCUCCUCCUGUGCUUUUCAAUGCAGCUAAUUUUUGGCAAGGGUGGACAACUGACUGAAAUAAGCCAGUUUGUUCAUUUAUUCAUUUUUUUAAAUUAAGUGCAGGGAAUAAACUGGUGAGCACUAUCUCUGAGUUAAUCUAGCGAGAAAGACAAUUGCUAUAUAAUGCAGUAUAUGCUUUGUUAUGGGUAAGUCCAGGGUGCACAGAGCAGGAACACCUUUUGUAGUCUGGGAGUGGGGAGAAAGGGGUAGUUGAAUAUUUUAAGGAUAGCUUAAGAUGGGAAUGACAGCUUAGCUGAGAGACCUGAAAGGAGAAGUAGGAGUUGGUCAGAUGCCAGAAGGGAAUAAGAAUGGUCUAGGCAGAAGAAAUUGCACGGAUGAAGAUCCACAUGCAAAAGAAAACAUGACCAGUUAGGAGAACUGGAAGUUCAGGGAGCUCUAGUGUAGACUGCAUGGAUGGAGUCAGAGCAGAGAGUAGGUAACAGACAGGUUGGGAAGGCAUGGUACUCAGUCAACUUAUCUCUUCCAAGAGCUAUAUAAGUGGAAUACUGGGCAGUGGAGAUGAUUGGCUGUGGGCCUAUAGAUCUGGCAAUGUCCUGUAGGGUUGAAGCCUGAAACGAAGUCCUAGCAAACCAGCUCCACAUGCUAGGGAUUCCUCCUUUUAAGUUCAAGUCUCCCUUGGCCCUCACACUUGAUUUCCCACCCCUGAAUGCCUAUAAGAUUUACUGUCAUAUUCUUACAGUGAAUGGAUUCCCUUUAACAUAAGCUAGUACAAGAGGGUUUGUACUUCUUGCUAUUAAGUAGUGGAGCCAAACCUCUGAUUAUUAAGGGGCCACUGGAUGUUAGUUAUAGCUAGAAGGCAGGGUCCUGUUUGGAGUGUUGAUCUUUUAUUUGGGGAAAGGUACUGACACAAGGCUGAAGCAUUGUUUAAAAAUUUGCUGUUUAAAAAACUUAGAGGUAGCUUAUACUGCUAGAAGAUUCACAAGCGCAGAAGCACUGUGUCUUGCUGCUUUCGAGAAAACAAAUGGUUAAGAAGGUCGCUCUAACAACCAAUCAACAAUCUAAUUGCAAGCAAUGUGUCUAAGAGGAAAUAACCUGAGUGAUGGCUGACUUUGCAGACAGAACUCUCUGAGGGUGCCUUUCAAUUGUGAUUUACCCCCAGGAGACAUUUAACAAUAUCGGGAGAUAUUUUUGGUUGUCACACCUGAGAGGUGGGGUGCUUCUGGCAUCUAGUGGGUAGAGGCUAGGAAUACUGCCGAAUAUCCAACAAUGCACAGGACAAGCAAGAAUGAGUCAGCCUGAAAUCUCGAUAGUGCCAAGAUUGAGAAACCUUGCUCUAUGACAACAAUAAACAGAACCUUACUGUCAGGAACUGAAAAAAAAAAAAAAAAAAAGGCUGUCUCUUUGAAAUGGUGAAAAUGACUUUGGAACUCCCCGAUCUACCUCUACAGUUGCCAUGCAAAAUAAAACAAACCAAUGGUUUUCUAGUCUUAAAACAAGCGCGUGAAAUGUCCCUUUAUCAGGACUGAGGAAUAUCUGAGGACUAGAGUUGAACAUCCACGUGACAAACUGUUAAACAAUGGUCUGCACAGAGGAGUGUGUUUAUCCUAGGGUGGAAAGAAGAUAACACACUGAGCUCUGAGAACAGAGCUUCUAUUUACAUUCUUUUUUGAGACGAGUCUCGCUCUGUUGCCCAAGCUGGAGUGCAGUGGUGUGAUCUCGGCUCACUGCAACCUCCGCCUCCCAGAUACAAGCGAUCCUCCUGCCUCAGCCCCACUAGUAGCUGGGAUUACAGGCACGCGCCACCAUGCCCGGCUAAUUUUUGUAUUUUUAGGAGAGACGGGGUUUCACCAUGUUGGCUAGGCUGGUCUCAAACUCCUGACCUCAGGUGAUCCACCCGCCUUGGCCUCCCAAAGUGCUGGGAUUACAAGCGUGAGUCACCGCCCCUGGCCCCUAUUUACAUUCUUAACCUUAAAAAAAAAUUAAAGUCUCCUUGUGCUUUCAUUUGGUCUGGAUGCCAGAUAGUCAAGUGUUAAAUAUAGAGAGAGGCCUCCUGAGAGAAGAGCAGACACUUCUUUGAAGGGUUUAUGGUGGGAGCUCACUUCCCUGACAGCAUUCUCAUGCUUCUGGGCUGGAUCAGUCAAACUAUCAGCUUUUUGUUUACAUCCAAGCAACACUACUCCAACUAGCGUAGUCAUUGGAACAAAUGUUCAUAGUCCUGAGGGUACAGAAGGACGACACUGAAAAAAUCCCAAGGGGGAAAUAAGAGCUAUUUGAGCAAAAAGGUAAAGCACUAGGUAGUCAUCUUUUUUGGCGUUCGUGGCACAUCAAAACAGACCUCACGAAAGCAAUUAAUAUUCCUAUAUUAUUAGGAUAACUUUGCAUAAUUAAAAUUACAUAAGUGUACAACAGCUGAAAACACAGCAUUAAAUACAACUUUUAAAGUCUAAUUUUUACCAUGUGAUAACCGUAUCAAAUUUUGCGAAUAUUUUGUGAGACUUGGCAGUAGAUGGCGCUCACCUUUACUAAAAUUCUGAGCAGUGCCUGAACACUAACAGGCACUUAAGAAUCCAGCUCUGAUGCCAGGCAAUCCCGUGUCCAGGUGAGGUCACUUUUCUAAGUCUCAGUUUCCUCACUGGUAAUGUGGGGGUGGGGGCCGCCCCAAUGGCCUCGCAACUCAGACCGCUUUUGAUUCUCUGACUACAGUGGUGGAGUUGAGACAGAUCGGCUGCUGCAACCGCCGCCUGAAAUAGCAAUUCGGAAAAGUCAGGUUGGGAAAGUGACAGAGUAGACGCCCUGCGGCUCUGACUCGGGCGGCGCCUCAGCUGCCCACACUAUGUGGCGGCAAAGCACAAACUCCUUAACCACGUGGCGCCUCCAUUCCCCUAGGGAGUCCUACCACAGGAUAACUUCUAGCAAAAUCAAUCUUCAAGAAAAAAGGAAGGGGUCCUGCCGAAGAUAUAAGGAAGCACUCCGGGGAUCCGGCAGCACAGCAGAAACUUAGUUCUUGUGAGCCGCACAAGACCAACUUCCGCCCCAGCAGAGUUACGUCCGGAAGGCGCGGCCCCCGAGGUCACGUGGGGCUGCGGAAUUACGGCCUGGCGGGGCGCUCAGGUGGAAGCCGUAAGCCACGUCAUGUCGGCUGUUCCAUGCAAGUCAGGGUGGGGGCCGUCCCUAUCGCAGGCAUGAGACAAGUCCAGCUGCGUCGUGUGUGGCAAUCUGAGGGCAAGAAGAACGAUUUGCAGAGGCUCCCAGUUUUCUUGGCUGUGGCACAGUCGCCUUGAGGGCCAGCUUCCUUCGGCUUCCUCCCGACUCCCCCGCUUCCCCCUUAGGAUUCUCGUUGGUAUCGCCCGAGCCCCACCUCCCUCCUCUUCGCCCCCGCAGGCCGAGAACAGGGGGCUCUCACGUGACCCCAGCGCGCUCCCGCGGGGGAGCGUAGUCUCGGAGGCGGCGCCGCAGGGGAUUGAGGGGUUGACUGAGCGUUGCGCGCCACAGUUUUCGCCCGAACGCCAGCGCUGAGGAGACGAUGUCGGGGCUCUCCCGUUCACUGCUUUGGGCCGCCACCUGCCUGGCCGUGCUCUGUGUGCUGUCCGCGGACAAGAACACGACCCAGCACCCGAACGUGACGACUUUAGCGCCCAUCUCCAAUAUAACCUCGGCGCCGGUGACGUCCCUCCCGCUGGUCACCACUCCGGCACCAGAAACCUGUGAAGGUCGAAACAGCUGCGUUUCCUGUUUUAAUGUUAGCAUUGUUAAUACUACCUGCUUUUGGAUAGAAUGUAAAGAUGAGAGCUAUUGUUCACAUAACUCAACAGUUAGUGAUUGUCAAGUGGGGAACACGACAGACUUCUGUUCUGUUUCCACAGCCACUCCGGUGCCAACAGCCAAUUCUACAGCUAAACCCACAGUUCAGCCCUCCCCUUCUACAACUUCCAAGACAGUUACUACAUCAGGUACAACAAAUACCACUGUGACUCCAACCUCACAACCUGUGCGAAAGUCUACCUUUGAUGCAGCCAGUUUCAUUGGAGGAAUUGUCCUGGUCUUGGGUGUGCAGGCUGUAAUUUUCUUUCUUUAUAAAUUCUGCAAAUCUAAAGAACGAAAUUACCACACUCUGUAAACAGACCCGUUGAAUUAAUAAGGACUGGUGAUUCAUUUGUGUAACUCACUGAAACCAAAAUACUAUCUUUCAAGAUGUCCCACAUGGAAGACGCUAUUCCAGGAUCUUUAAAUUUCCAUGGAUGCAUAUAGGAUGUUUGGGAGCAUCAUCCAUGAAGAAAAAAAUCAAUUAAAUCAUUGUGUUCAACAGGAAUAUUUAAAAUAUUCUGCAUGAAUCCUGUGGCUGUCUUCUUUAUUUUAAAUAGCUGCUGCUGUGGGAUUAUAUUUUUUUUUCCUUAACAUGCCAAAUAUAACUUUCUGUAAGUAAUGGAAAAUGUUGUCUUGUGCAGACAACAUCAUGACUCUUGGCAGUUUAAAUUUAGUAAUUUUAGUGAACAGAAUUGAGAAGAAUGUGCCAAAUGAGAAUGGAUUUUUGGCUGUCAUUUCAAAAGUGGAAUAAAUUUAUUAAUUUAGUAGUACUAAAUGGUAUCCUUAGAUUAAAAUUUUGUGCUUGAUAACAGCUAUUUUUUCUACAUUAGAAACAAGAUGCCACAGAAGGAAUUGCAUUCCAGAUUUAAAGAAAUGAAAGGAUACCAUUAGUGUGUAAAACAGGUUAUUGUUCAUACUUGUAAAGCACCUUAUGUCAUUGAGAAAAUAAAGAACAGUGCCUUAGAAGACAGUGAAAGGUAAGCUCUAGCUUAAUGUCUAUGAUUUGUUCUUUGACAUUAAGGAACGUAAGGAUUGGUCAGAGGAUGUAACUUGAUGUGAGCAGUAGUAAACCUGUUUUAGAUAUCAUACUGUUAAUAUUUUAUUGAAAAUUUAUUUCAGAGCGGAGAAACUUAAGCUAAAGGCUGUUAUACAAAAUUGAAAGCCUAAGUAUCUUGAGUCUCCCAACAUUUUUCUUAUGACUGUUGAAAAGUAUAAAGCUAAAUUGAUUUAAUUACACUUUCCUUUGUACUUUAAAAAAAAGUAUGCUAGCACUAUUGUACCUUAAAAGGAUUUCCACCAGACUUUCUUGACUAGUGACUUCUUUGGUGAGGCAAGAAGGAAAUACAUUAUUUUAGAAUCAUUUACUAUUUAAAUGAGACAAUCAUAUUAUUUUAGAAUCAUUUAUUUAAAUGAGACAAUCAUUUUAAGUUUUAAGACAGCAGAAGUGACCAAUGUAAUUUCACAACACCUAAGGAUUUUUUGGUUGAUCAGGUUACUGUAGAUUUUUACUGAUUGUCCUGGAUGAAUAGACUGUGCUUUUUCUUUUUCUCUCCCUUCCUUUCUUCUUGGUUUCCCAUAGUAUAGUAAGCAUGCAUACUUUAACUUCUAUAGUUUUCUUGUUUAAAGGGUCUUCUUCAGUUUUAGAGGAUUACUUCUCCCUUGCCUUUGACUCAUUGGACUAGUGCAGAGGCUUUAAGUAGCUUAAAAUGGGCUUUUGCUUUUCUAGGUCAUUAACGUUUUUAGUUUCUUUAGCCAAUAGUGGCUGAGUUUCGCAGUUGAUUUUCAAUAUUUUAUAGUAAGAAACGACAAAUUGCUUUGGUUCAUUUCAUAAACUGAAACUCUGCAUUUAGAUAACUAUUAAAGGUUGUUAAGAUGAAGAUUUACUGUUUCUUUGUUACUCGUUGGUACAGCUGUUUGUUUUACUUGCACAUUUGUACAUAUACUUAAUGUUUUCAAGUGCCUUAAUUGUUUAAAAUCUCUGGCUUCAAAGUUUCUUGGGGAAAGGUCGGUUUACCUCACAUUUUUUGUUUCCAUUAGUAAUAUUCUAGGUACCUCACAAAAUGUAUUAUGGUGCCAUGGCUGUUAGUUUUUAGUGAGUGCUGUAGGAUUAAUUUAAAAAUAGGCAGAAUUCCAUUCCUCCCAAAGUGGCAAAAAUUAGCUACACUCAUGUAAUUGUCAUUUACCUGGGUAUGAAUUCCCUGACACUCAUUAAUGUCAACAUAUGUAGCAAAUUUUGUGAAAAUGUAACAGUUUGAAGCUUCUGUAAUUUUGAGCACUGCUCUAACAACAACAAGCGUAAUAUAAAAUUAGUUAGAUUUUGCAAGUCUACAAAUGAGCUCUUGCAACAGAACUCACAGCCUUUUUACUUUUUCCCCUAACUUUAGCAAUGUAGUAUCUUGAGCCAUUAAUUUUUGGAUUUUUUUAAAAAUCCAGAAGGUAUAUAGAAACCUUUUCAGAUUUUUCAUCUGAUUUGUUCUUGCAGAUGUCCUUUUAUCAAAUACCUUAUUUUACCUUACAGAUACUUGUUGCACAGGCAGAUACUGCUGUAUUUAGACAUUUCUAUUUCAGUUCAUUAAAAACUUCAAAACCAAUCUGUAUCAUGUACCAAACUGACUUAAAAUAAAUCUACAUGUUUAUUGAAUUAA